GGCGUAAGGCUCUCAUGGUCUUAUGUGUGAAUAUGUCUCCCUUUUUUCUUUCUAAACGGAGUCAAAUACUUCAUGCUGUCUAUAUAAGAGGAGGAGCAUAUUGAGACCCAGAGAAAUUUUUGAAGAAAAGCAACAAGGAUAACGAGCUAUGGAGCCUGCAAAGGAUCAAAGAUCAGGUCAUGAUGGCGGCGGUGGAGUUAAGGAGGAGCUCAACAGAUAUGAAUCUAGUGGUUUUGAAGAAGGUUUUAACGAAAAGACAACAGCAAUCGAUCAGGCUGGAAAUCAUGGAAGACCAUGCCAUGAACAUCAGGAUUUGAAGUCAUCUUCACCUUUACAAAAGGAUUCAAGCUGCAGCAAGAAGGAUGAUCAGCUCCAAUCUGCUAGAGCAGAAAUGGGUGAGGUGAGAGAAGAAAAUCAAAGGCUGAAGAAGUAUUUAGAUCUGAUAAUGAAGGAUUAUCAAACGCUCCAAAUGCAGUUCUAUGACAUUGUUCAACAAGAUGGGAGAAAAGCCACGGAUGAUUCAGCUAAAAACCAUCAAGAAAUUGAAGAACCGGGGUUUGUUUCCCUUAGUCUCGGAAGAGCUCCAAGUGACACAAAAAAGGGUGAAAAAAGUAGUACUACAGUCUCUAGCCAACGGAAAGAGGCCGAUGAGCAAGCUAAAGAAGGUUUGAGUCUUGGAUUAAUGGACUACAAAUUAGAAUUGUCUAAAUCGAGGGAAGGCCGUGAAUCUUUGUCUAAAACGAGCCCUGUUAACAGUUCUGAUCAAGAACCAAUCAAGGAAGAAGCUGAUCAUCAGGAGACUUCCCCACUUGGUAAAGCUCAAAAGACAAUGAGAAGUGAAGACGAUCAUGAGGCCGUUCCACAACAGAAUCCUGUGAAGAAAGCUAGGGUUUCUGUGAGGGCUAGAUGUGAUACUCCAACAAUGAAUGAUGGGUGCCAAUGGAGAAAAUAUGGACAAAAGAUUGCAAAAGGAAAUCCAUGCCCUCGAGCAUACUAUCGCUGUACUGUGGCACCUUCAUGCCCAGUCAGAAAACAGGUGCAAAGAAGUUUUGAGGACAUGUCCAUCUUGAUCACCACUUACGAAGGAACACACAACCAUCCACUUCCUAUGUCAGCCACCGCCAUGGCAUCCACCACUUCAGCAGCAGCUUCUAUGCUUUUGUCUGGCUCGUCAAGCUCCCGACCAGGACAUGGACCAUCAGCCACCACAGUCAGUACUACUGCUGCAGAUCUUCAUGGCUUGAACUUUUAUCUAUCAGAUAAUUCCAAAUCGAAUCAUUUCUACUUAUCCAACUCUUCUUACUCAUCUUCACCUUCAUUUCCAACAAUCACACUUGAUCUUACAUCAACCCCAUCCUCUUCCUCAUCUCAUUUUAAUAAAGCAAAUUCCUCAAACUAUCCUCCAAGGUAUUCUCCAGCCAGUCUCAACUUCAGUUCCUCUGAAUCUAACACAGCGUCUUGGGCCAAUGGAUUCCUUAAUUAUGGCAGUACUACUCAACCCUACAGCAGGAACCAACUUGGAAAUCUAUCUAUGGGGAGACAAUCUGUAGAGAAUAUUUUUCAAUCUUAUAUGCAAAAGAAGAACCCAACUCUUCCACAACACAGCUCUUUACCGGAUCCCAUUGCUGCUGCAACAAAAGCAAUUACAGCUGACCCGAGUUUCCAAUCCGCUUUGGCAGCUGCGCUCACAUCAAUCAUUGGCACUGGGGGUGCUAGUGCUGCUGCUGGUGCCAUAGGAAAUCAGAGUGGAGAAAAUUUUGGUCAGAAAUCAACGUUGGGUGAGUUAUUUCCAAUGUCUUCUACUGGCCUCCUACCAGCUCCUAAAGGGAAUGGAUGUGCAUCAAGCUUGUUGAACAAAACACAUUCAACAAAUUCACAGCCAACUAGUUUGAUGUUUCUACCACCUUCGUUGCCAUUUUCAACUUCCAAGAGUGCAUCCACAUCUCCGGGUGAUAAUAGGGACCAUAGCACCGAUUGAUAUGACGUUAAACUUGAACGAUAAAUAAUUCCAAUGUUGUUUAUUUUGUGGUCUCGACUUUUCUGUAAGACAUGAUCAAGAAAUUUGUACUGCUUGAAGAUGGUGAUAGCAAGAUAGAGAAGUUGAAUAAGAUUUUUUCCUUAAUAUUUUUGUUUUUCA